AUAUAUAUCUAUUCGAAAUAAAUCUAUUCUAAUUCAUACUGCAAAGGCUACAGAGAUGGGAUGCCCAAAAAGGUUUUUAGUUGUAUUUUUAGGAUUUUGCGGACUACUACUUUCAAUAGGAUAUCGUUCAGUAUUUGCAAUGGUUAUGGUGCAUAUAGUAAAACCAAAACAUUCAACAACAAAUCAUACGCAACCUUACAGCUUAUUCAAACAUUGUAUUCCUCUAAACAGUAGCUGUAACUUAUCCUUGAAUUGGACAGUGGACGGAACAUUAUAUUUAAAUACGGCAUAUUUUGUCGGAGGUUUAUUCACGCAAGUUCCAGGAGGAAUUCUUGCUACAAGAUUUUCACCAGUAAGAAUAUGUGGACUAUCAGUGUUGUUAUCCAGUAUAUGUAUGGUUGUGUUACCUGUUUGUAUACAAAACAGUCAAUAUGUCGCAGUAAUGGUAGUACGGACAUUGCAGGGCAUUAUAGAAGGACCGUCUGUACCUGCCAUUAAUGGUGUGAUAUCUGCAUGGGCUCCAAAGUCUGAAAAAUCCAGAAUGAUAACUAUUGCGUAUGCAGGUGCCUAUUUGAGCCCUGCAGUAGCGAUGGCAGUAUCAGGAACAUUGUCUUGUCAUGUUUGUUGGCACGCCGUCUUAUAUCUAUAUGGUGGACUGGGUAUUUUAUGGUCCAUAAUAUUCAUGAUCGUCGUUGUUGAUUCACCUUCAGCUCAUCCACGCCUAUCGAUCAACGAACGAGCCUUGUAUGAUAAAGAAGCAUCAGCUGCUCAGAGAUCUUCUACAAAAACGGCCAAUGCAAUACCAUGGAAACACAUACUUACAUCUCUUCCUAUGUCCGCCAUAUUUGUUGGAAGCUUUUGUAGAAAUUGGAUUUUCUCUAUGCUUCUGACUGAGAUACCUACAUACAUGCAGGAUUCAUUUCAUAAUCUGAAUAUUUUUGAGAUUGGAUUGUUAUCAAGCUUAUCAGAGGUAUGCAUGACAAUUGUAACGGUUACUGGUGGAGUGUUAAUAGAUAAACUCAUAAAGUCUGGUUUGAUAAGUACCACAGUAGGGAGAAAGAUGGCCCAAUGUUCAGGAUUUGGUAUUGAAGCAAUAUGUAUUAUUUGUCUUGGCUUUAUAACACGGUUAGAAGUUGUAAUGAUCGUUAUGUGUGUUGGUGUAGCCUUCAGUGGUUUGGCUAUUUCAGGAUACCAAGUUAACCCUUUAGAUCUUUCACCAACUUACGCAAGUGUUCUAACCGGCAUAUCUCGAACAGGUGUGAUAGGAGCUAUACUAAGCACUUUAACAGCAUCAGUUCUUCGUGGCAGAACACGGAUUUCGCACGAAAAGACAUGGCACGAAGUGUUCUGGAUAGCUGGUGCCAUACAUCUAGCUGGAGUUUUAUACUAUGGCAUAUUUGCAUCUGGACAUAAACAGUACUGGGCUGAUGGCCCUCCUGCAGAAGCUGAACGGUUAGUCAAUCCAUCAUCGGACCCAGAUUUUGCUCAACAACCAGGUGAUAUGGAACAUAAACAAUUCUUAAGUAAAUCGGUAACUUAUGAUUCAGUGCCAGAAGAAGACAAAGAGGAGAGUGAUAGUCCUGAUUGGUUCUUGCAGUCUAUGUAGUUAAUCCUGAUUGGUUCUUGCAGUCUAUGUAGUUAGUCCUGAUUGUUUCUUGCAGUCUAUGUAGUAUAAUAUUUCAAGUUUUUUAGUAAACGUAGUGUACAUUUUUGUAAUAAAAAAGAGCAAUUUGAUAUUCGAAACGCCAAAACCAAUUAACAUGACUUCAAACUCUAAUAGUUAAUCGUAAAUUAAACUUUUAAUUUUCAAUUGAUUUUAUGCACAACUUAAAACAAAUGAUGCAAAUAAAUCUAAUGUUCAGUAAAUGAUCUUUCGACAUUUUGGUUUUAGAGCUUUUUAUGUAUAUUUAUACCAUGAUCCGAAUGAGGGUAUACUGGUUUACCUCUGUCCAUACGUCCGUCCAAUGGAAUGUCCGUCUCUUUUGUCUUAGGAACUAUAAAUUAGAGCUUCCUGAAAUUUUUUUUUUAUAAUGAAUUUCAUUUUAUUUGCACAUGAGCAUAAUAGUAAGUUAUACACAUUGCAGACUU